GCUGGCCUUGUUUGGUUGGUAAAGAGUCGGCGUCUGCUGCUGUGUUAGUGUUCUGCUGUUCGGAGAAUCCAUUUGCCAGUCGUUUGCAAAUUUGGGCGUCAAGAUAUAUUUUAUCGUCUAGCUUGGCAUUAAAAUUUACUUUUGCCAUGCUUGGUUAUCGUUUUAGUAUAACAACGGUGUGGUUUUGAAGCAGCCAUGACCGGCAGAAUGAGUACAACGGCCGCAGUGUCCUACCCAAAAUAACUUCACCCCAAGGAUCACGUCAAGUUGGUUCAAAAUGCCUUCUACAUCAGUAUUUACCAUUUUCUCCGCUGUCGUAGUACUCCUCUACGCAGUCGGGGUACAUUACUUAAUGUAUGCUCCCAAGGACCGUUCCUGCGCUAUGACCUACAUGUUUGAAUAUCCUCAAUUUGUGAGAAUUGCCAUGUCUGAUGAGGUUACUCACGCCCACAAACGUUAUAGUCUAUGGGCUUACAGUGAGGGACAUCACAUUGAAGCAAUGCGUAAAAUGAAAUUUUCUGGAAUUCCUGUCCUUUUUUUACCAGGGAGUGCUGGUUCACACAAACAAGCUCGGUCACUAGCAUCAGUGAGCAUGCGUAAAGCUCUGAAUUCCCGCUCUCCAUUUCACCUGGAUUUCUUUACUACUGAUUUGAAUGAAGAACAUUCUGCUGUGUAUGGUGGUGCCUUGGAACCUCAAACAGAAUUUGUUCGGCAAUCAAUUUACCGUAUCCUCGAACUCUAUAGAGGAAGCAAAGACAAAAGACCAACUUCAGUUGUGAUUGUUGCCCAUUCUAUGAGUGGUGUCAUCGCUAAAGGGAUCUUCAAUGAUAUUUCUUUUGACCCAAGCUUAGUUAAAGUUAUUCUUACCUUUGCAACCCCUCAUAGCCGUCCUGUAGUUCUGUUUGAUGAAUAUUCUUACCACUACUACAGAGCUACAUCAAAAACAUGGCGUUUAGGAAGAGAAAACAGACUGGGACACAUAUCCUUGACCUCUGUAGGGGGAAGCUAUAUGGAUUUUUUGGUUCAGACUGAUUCAAUAGCUUCAUGGGACAUUGAUGUCCACACAGUUACCACAACAGUUCCAACUGUAUGGCGAUCAGUUGAUCAUUUGGCUAUAUUGUGGUGCAAAGAAUUGGUUCUUGUCACAGCCAGAGCACUAUUCGAUAUGGUGGAUCUUGAAACAAAACAAAUCACCAAUGAUCGAGAUCUUCGUAACUCAAUUCUCUCUUACCACUUCCUCCAUAGAAAUUCUGGAAAACAGUAUCGUAAAGCCAUUCAUCAACCCUUUGUUACUUUUAUGGAUGGUUCAGACUGGGUAGAGCCACUUUAUCGUCAAUUUACUGUCUCAGCAAACAUUGACCCAACUGGAAAUGAUCGACUUAAAAGACCUAAACAUAUUAUGAUUCGCCUGAUCGAUCAUAUUUUGCAUUCAGCCUUAGCUGUGGAAGCUAUUAAUCACCAGGAGGGGGAUUGGGUGUUUGCUUGUCAAGCCAAUUUUAUUUCAAAUGACAAACGGGUCUGCAAAAAUGGAGAAAAUCUUUCGAAUUCCACAAUGUUUUUGCCAACUAAAAACCAUAAGCGCAAGCAACUUGUUCUUGAUCUUCACCGUCUUCAACAAGAGAAAAAAUUUUCGCAUAUUGUGUUAAGGAUACCUCAUACUAAUGAUCCUGUCCAAAUUCACGUUGAUGUCCACAAUCCUCGAAUCCUGAAGCCACCUGCUGUUGGGCUUUGGAUGCUUUUUGAUACCCGUCCGGUGGUUCUGGUUCAAGAAACUGCCCAAAAGGCCUUGUUUUACACCGUGGACUUUUCAGAGAUUGAGUCUCUAUGGCAUGUUUUAAAUUUGGUUGUGAAACCUGUGUCAUGUUCAAAGGAAGAACACCAUGCUGUGGCAAUGUUGAGUAUUCCAUGGAGUAACGAGAAAUUAUUCAGCUUUAUAAAUGAGGCUGUCCAAAACCCGCUUCCUGUAAGACUUCUUCAUGUCAAACCACGUAUGCGGAAGGAUAUACCAAAGACCAUUGAACAGAAUGUCAGGGCUGAAAUAUCUCUAGAUCCGAAUUGCAGAUACCAAAUUAGUGUAACGGCUGCACCAGGACUUUUACUAAGCCAAUUUGCACGAUCCCUCACACCAUGUGUUUUUGCCUAUGUAGUUGCAAUUCUUCUCUUAACACUUCGAGAACAGUUGCUGUCCUAUCGUAGAAGUGGCAAGUGUUCCCUUUUCCACAUUGCAAUGAGUCGUGGAGCAAAACCCUUCUACAUCCUCCCCUUGUGUAAAAUGCUCACCAGGUUGCUUUCUCAAGGCGAUGACUUAAACUCUGACCACUUUCUAACUGCAUGGGGAAUACCUGAACAGGGCAUGAAUCUUAUGGCUAGAACACCCAUGGAAAAUUUGCUUUUCCCAUUCUUUCUGUAUGUGUGUGCAUUUGGGAUUGUGUAUUGUGCUGGAUUUAUAUUCAUGUUUUGUCUUAUUUUCAAUGCAAAAGUGUUCAAUGUCAUUUGCCUGAGCUUUGUCGGUCAAUUUUUCAAAAGAUCAUUCCUAACAUGCAUAGGUCCAUUUAACUUGACCGAAUUUCUAGGAGAAUUCAUGAUAAAGGCACCUCCUGUUGUUGUAAUAACACUUCUAAUGGUUGGCUCCUGUUCCUGUGGAGCUCUAUCUCUUAUUCUGGGUGGCAUAUUUUUCUACUAUGUGCUCUGCAACAUGUAUAACGACUACUUAGAGGCUCUAUUCUUGUACUCUAUGAGAGUAGUGACAGGCAGAGAAAGAGUAUCUUUGGAAGGUAUUGCAAACCCUGGUGCCAAUAAAUCCAACUCUUCAGGCUCAAAAGAGGAUGAGACUUUAAAGUACACUGAAAAGAAAGCAAAAGCCUCCUCAAGUCGUGAGCAAUUGAAGGGUACAAAACGUGCUGAUCAUAGCUCGAAGAAUACAGAUCUUUGUUUGAAAAAUGCAGAUGCAAAGCAUCGCGAUCACAGUUCAAGUGACGAUCUGGAUGAAAAGGAGGACGAACGUAACAGUCUUUCUGACAUAAAUAUGUAUAUGACCAUUUUCCUCAUCUAUGUGACUGCAAUAGUACCAAGUAUACCGUCUCUGCUCACUUGGGCACAUAAUUACAAUUUUGAUCACAGUUUAAAUCCUGAUCCAGUAUUCAUACCUCUUGUGCUCAUAGUAAGCAGUAUAGGCAGUACAUUUUGGACAAAUACAUAUCCGCACCCCAAGCUACCGUAUUUAAGGAUUAUUGCUGAUUCUCUGUUUGUACUAGCAACAGUCACAUUGCUCUACGCUCCAACAAGAAUAAGUUUUAUUAAUUACAUUAUUAGUGCAGCUAUGGUGAUCUUGGCUGCCCACCAAUGGCUGACAAAUGUGUAUCUGUUUUUCUUUCCAACCAUUUACACUGAACAUGUGGAUAGUGAGAAUGAAAGCGAUGCUGAUUCCAUAAAUGAUAAUCGCUUGGAUAGCAGCCAUUCUGGAAGUGAUGAUGAAGUAGCAGAUGGAGAUGACGAAGGAGGAGACAGUGCCAGCAACAGUGACUACAAUGAAGAUGUGAAUGACACAGAAGCAAGGAAAGCUUUCCCUAUCUGCAAAGUGGCUCAUGAUCAAGAGACAGAGGACGAAUCUUCAGAUGCAGAAUGUGAACACAGUCACAAUGGAAAAGAAUCAUAUGACCAAGAUGGCCAUUAAAGGAAAAACCAUUGCCCUUUUCCGAUAACUAGGAAUUUCAUUGUAUGAUUUUGUUCUUUUUUUAAAAAAAAUAAUUGAACAAAACUAUAUAGGAAGACAAAAUCUAUAUCUGCAUUUGUCAUAGUGAUGUCAGUAGCAAAAAGACACAGUAUUACUUAUUGCAAUCAGAAUGGCCACAUGAAAGCAUGCUAUAAAAUAUUACUGAGGCACGUCACUUAAGAUUUUUUUGGUUGUGUUUACUUUUUUGUUAAAACUGAGACUGGCACUGUUUGCAACAAACUUUUCAACAUGUAAUUUUACAGUAUCUAGAUUAUGGGAGAGGAAAACAGUAUGUUCAUUUACAUAAAAUAGUUGGUACCACUUUUGUGCAGUUAUGUAUUAUUUAUUUAUUGUAUUGUUAAGAUUUCUCAGUAUUUUUUACAUUGAUGUCACACAUGUAUAAUACGUGUGCUUAAAUGAAGUGAUAUUAAGUCAAAAGUAGAUACUAACAUUUUACAAAUACUGUGACUAGAAGCAAAGAUAUCCUAUUUAAUAGCUAGCUACACUGUUUUGAAUGGUGCAGGGCUUCUGAAAUUCCAGUCUUGGUUUCUCCUUGACCAGGCUUUGGUCGAGCAUCCACUCAACGGAUCCAAUUAUCAAUUUGUUAAGAUCUUGUCUACCACACACUAAUAUUUUGGUGUUCCAAUGUUUUUAAAUUUUAAAAGUGUGUUAUGGCAUUAUUUCUGUUGCCAGAGGUACAUCUGAGAUGGUAAAUCAUUUUAUGUUUUAUUUUAAGAACAUGAAUACCAUACUAAACCCACUCAGGGAGUGCAAUGUUGGAAAUCUUUAUAAAUUACCAAACCUUAGUAUCAUGGCCUCCCAUUUCUUUAAAUGGUCCAUUCUUAGAGUGAUUUUAGCUGUUGGUAUCUGCUUUGUUUUGAUUUUUAACUUUAAAAAAAAUGAACUCACUAAGGAAAUUUUUUAAGCUGUUUCUGGCUGCCUAUACAUAACAUCCACUUUGUUGACUGCCAUCCUGUCCGCUUGGGAGGAAGUUUUAAAUUUAAAGUUAAGUUUGUACAUAUGGAUGUAAUGUGUGGGCAGCCCCUGACUCUAAUAUGUGGGACCUUAAACUUUAUCUCUCACAUGGUUUAUUGUAAAUUUUUGUAAUUGAUAGGAAGACUUAUUGUGAUUUACAAACAAUGAUGUAUUUUUAUAAUCAUUCAAUUAAUUGUUUACUCUUAAAUAUUACAGUGUAUGUAUCAGUGUAUCUCAUGAUUAAGCCAAAUUACUAUAAAUUUUCUUUUGUUUUCCUGGUUUUCCUGGCCCUACACAGGUAUAACUCUAGGAUAUGAUUAGUUGGGAACUUUUGAAUCUCUGUUGGCAAAGUCGGCUUAUCAAUAAACUCUACCCUAUACCCCUGUAUUAUUUUUAGCAAGUGUAGGGGGUAAUGAUGAUUGACGGACUAAAUGUUGAAAAGACAAUAUCAUGACAUGUGAGGGCGAUUGUGAUUGAAAACUUACAAGUCAGAGCGUAGAAGAUUGUUGAUCUGGCACUAAGUUAUUGAAGACAGAGUGUUGCCUCUCUUAUUAUUGUUACAUUGUCUGUUUCUUUCAUGCUCAUUGCAAUAUUUUUGUUACUGUAUCCAUCCUCAUUCAUUCUUUUCCUGAAUGUAUUCUCAUACUUAUAGCACUUUAAUCAAACAAAUAAGACAAUUUUGGUUAAGUCUCUGUAAAGUUUAAUUUCUUUAUAACAUCAUGUCUUGCAAUGGAGUUAGUGUUUGAGGCCAGUUUGUUGUUUUAAAAACUAAAAUCUUUUUAGGGCUGUGCCCAUUAAAAUAGAUAGGCUUUGUUAAGGUUUAAAAAUGGAGCUUUAUUUCAUGAUUUUUACUUUUAAGUCAUUAUAUCUCAUAUCUGAACUGAUUUUGCAGGGAAACACAUUUUUUCCCACAAGACCAGACACAUGCAGUCACUGCAGUUCAUCCAAACUUGCAUUAAAAAUGCAAUUAUAAGACAUUUUUGUGGUGUAAUGGCUUUUAUUGUAUUGUAAUAUUUAACUUCGAAUCCUGCUUAGUUGUUUUAACACUCAUAUUUUGUGUCCUGAGUGUGCUUCAGUAUUUGCAUUUUAGUAGCUCUGUCCUGUGCUGUUUGAUUUUUGUUAAUUGUUGUUGAAGGAGAGGAAAUGCCAUACAAGCACUGAAUGUUAAAAUUUUACUUAAUCCACUGUGCAUUGAUUCCUAGGCAAAGUAUUGUGAUAAACUUUUGAAAAAGUGGACAAUAUGUUUUACAAUGUUACUCAUUUUGGAUAAAAACUUGUCAUGAUUGUGUGGAACUGACCCUUCAUUUCUUUAGCAGAUUGGAGUUUAAUGAGCACAAUUACGAGCCGCGAUUCGAUCUACGAUCUAGUGACUAUUGAAAAUGUGAUAUUAUUGUGUAAUGUAGUGCAACAUGCCGCGACUUUUAUAUGUGAGCUUUCUUUGUGUUUAAAAAUAUAAAGCCGACGGCUACCAAAAUACCAAAA